AGUAUAACUUGAAUCUCUUGUCAUGCUCAACAUUUUUUUUAGGUUGUAUCGCCCCGAUACCGUGUCUUGACGCUGUGAUCAAUGUGUUUCAGAGAUCUCCAAGUCGAUGGCCGAUAACGCGACCUUGAACCAUGAUUCUAUACAAGUACGUAUAUGUGCAUUGCUUGUUGCAUGUUGAUCACAGUUCUUGAGUAAGUCUAUGUUGGACUUAAUUGUACCUGACGACUCGUGACUAUCAUAACUCAGACAAGCUUCCUGACCACAAUAGUAUCGUUUGGAACUGGAAACUUCCACCACUGUUUGGAAAUCUCAGAUUGUGCCAAAGUUGACCCUUGUAGCAUGUUGGAGGUGUUUUUGGUCUCUCCUUAUUUGGUAAAUGGUUGUACUGGCAAAAUGGGCAAGGCAGUAGUUGAAGCAGUUGUCUCUGCAGGAAUUCAUAUUGUUCCAGUAUCAUUUGGUGGUCUAAAAAACGCUGGAAAAACUGUGCAAGUGGGUGGAAAAGAUAUUCAAAUGUAUGGUCCCUAUGAAAGAGAACGCAUUCUAGCAUCUAUCUUAAAUGAUUAUCCAAAUUUGAUUGUGGUGGAUUACACAGUGCCUGCUGCAGUCAAUGAUAAUGUUGAAUUAUAUUGCAAAAUUGGUGUUCCUUUUGUAAUGGGAACUACUGGUGGAGAUAGAAAUCGGCUUUAUAAGACAGUGGAAAGCUCAAAGGUUUAUGCCGUGAUCUCUCCCCAAAUGGGAAAACAGCUAGUGGCAUUUCUUGCAACUAUGGAAAAUAUGGCGGAACAGUUUCCAGGAGUUUUCUCUGGGUACACGCUACAGGUGAUGGAGUCACAUCAAGCUGGCAAACUGGACACAUCUGGAACUGCCAAGGCUGUCAUUUCAUACUUUCAGAAAUUGGGGGUCUCAUUUGAAGUAGAUCAGGUAAAAAAAAUACGAGAUCCCAAGCAACAAAAUGAGAUGGUGGGUGUCCCAAAAGAGUACCUAUCCGGUCAUGCAUUCCACAUGUAUCACCUGGAGUCACCUGAUAAAACAGUUUCUUUUGAGUUUCAGCAUAAUGUCUGUGGUAGAUCAAUCUAUGCGGAGGGUACAGUUGAUGCUGCAAUUUUCCUUGCUAAGAAGGUUCAAUCAAAGGCGGACAAAUUCAUCUACAACAUGAUAGAUGUUUUGCGGGAGGGCGCCAUGAGAUGA